CGGGCGGGGACGCCCUUCCGGCGGGAAGAUGGCGGCGGCGGCCCCGGGGGCGGCCGAGGGUCCCGCGGCGCUCCCGGCGCAGCCGCUGGAGCUCAAGAGCCAGUUCCGCACCCGGGAAGGCUCCUACCGGCUGCUGGGGCCCGAGCCCCGCGCCCGCGCCGGCCCCGCCGCCGCCCCCGGGCCUUCCCCGCCCGCCGCCGGCCCUGGCCCCGCCGCCGCCGCCUCCCCGGGCCCGGCCGCGCUGCCGCCGGUGCGGUUGUCCAUGGUGCGGUUGGCGCUGCCCCCCGCCGAGGAACCGGGGGGUCCGGCUGAGCGUAGCCGGGUUUGCUUCAACUUGGGCCGUGAGCUCUACUUCUACGGCGGGGCCGGUUCCGGUGGUCGCGGCAGCCGCCGGUCCCUGGACCUGCACAAACCCAUCGACAAACGCAUUUACAAGGGGACCCAACCGACCUGCCACGACUUCAACCAGUUCACGGCGGGCGCCGACACCAUCGCGCUGCUGGUGGGCUUCUCCGCCGGGCAGGUCCAGUACCUCGACCUGGUGAAGAAGGACACCAGUAAACUCUUCAACGAGGAGCGCCUGAUCGACAAAACGAAGGUGACUUUUGUCAAAUGGCUGCCGGAGACCGAGCGGCUCUUCCUGGCCUCCCACGCCAGCGGCCACCUCUACCUGUACGACGCUGAGCAGCCCUGCGGGGCCGCGGCCCCCCAGUACAACCUCCUGACGCAGGGCGAGGGCUUCAGCGUCUUCGCCUGUAAGAGCAAGACCCCCCGAAACCCCCUCCUCAAAUGGGCGGUGGGCGAGGGAGCCCUCAACGAAUUUGCUUUCUCGCCGGACGGGCGCUCGCUGGCCUGCGUCAGCCAGGACGGCUGCCUCCGCGUCUUCCAUUUUGACUCCAUGCUGCUGCAGGGGAUGAUGAAGAGUUAUUUCGGGGGGCUGCUCUGCGUCUGCUGGAGCCCCGACGGGCGCUACGUGGUGACGGGGGGCGAGGAUGAUUUGGUGACCGUCUGGUCCUUUGCCGAAGGGCGGGUGGUGGCCCGAGGUCACGGUCACAAGUCUUGGGUCAACGCUGUGGCCUUCGAUCCUUUCACCGGAGCGGCUCAGACCCCCCAACCCCCCGAGCUGAGUGGGGGCGAGGAGGAGGACGAGCCCCCGGAUCCCCUCGUCCGCCGUUCCCCCGCCGUCACCUACCGCUUCGGUUCGGCCGGCCAAGACACCCAGUUCUGCCUGUGGGACCUGACCGAGGACGUCCUCUACCCUCGUCCCCCCCUCUCCCGCGCCCGUACCCUCACCGGAUCGACGGAUGCCGGCGUUCCUGUCCCAGGGCUGCCCCGCUCGCUCUCCCGUUCCAACAGCCUCCCGCAGCCGGGGGGGACGGGCUCAGCCCGCUGCCCCCCACCCGACGUCCCCCCGGCUUUUAGCGUCGGUCGUUUCGCCACGCUGACGCUGCAGGAACGGAAGGGACCUUCCGGUGCUGAAAAAGAGCACAAACGUUACCACAGUUUGGGGAACAUCAGCCGGAGCGGGGAGAAACCCCCCGGCGGUGCCGGAUCCAGGGCUCGGCUGGAUACGGCCAAGGUGCUGGGGACGGCGCUGUGCCCCCGAAUUCACGAGGUGCCGCUGCUGGAACCCCUCGUCUGCAAGAAGAUCGCCCACGAGCGCCUGACCGUGCUGCUGUUCUUGGAGGAUUGUAUCGUCACCGCCUGCCAGGAGGGGCUCAUCUGCACCUGGGCACGGCCCGGCAAAGCCGGACUGUCCUCGCAGAACGGCGGCUCCCCCAGCGGCACCGUGGUAUAACCGUCACCCGUACGUACCCCCCGGCGGGUGCCACCGCUCCGUCCCCGUACUACUGAGCCCCCCGGGGCGGGCGGGCACCCCGUUGUCCCCCCCCCCGUCCCCUCCCUGUCCCCGGCGGGGCGGUGGCACCGCGGUGCCGCGCCGGCGGGGUGCCCUGUGCCUUUUGUCACUUUAUGUCCCCGCGGGGCCACCGGGCUCUGCCCCUUAUUUAUACUAAAGAGACUUUUUUCGCA